GGAGCCAUGGGCAAGUGCAGCGGGCGCUGCACGCUUGUCGCCUUCUGCUGCCUGCAGCUGGUGGCUGCGCUGGAGCGGCAGAUCUUUGACUUCCUGGGCUACCAAUGGGCUCCCAUCCUGGCCAACUUCCUGCACAUCAUGGCGGUCAUCCUGGGCAUCUUUGGCACCGUGCAGUACCGCUCCCGGUACCUCAUUCUGUAUGCAGCCUGGCUGGUGCUCUGGGUUGGCUGGAAUGCGUUUAUCAUCUGCUUCUACCUGGAGGUUGGACAGCUGUCCCAGGACCGGGACUUCAUCAUGACCUUCAACACGUCCCUGCACCGCUCCUGGUGGAUGGAAAACGGGCCUGGCUGCCUGGUGACACCUGUUCUGAACUCCCGCCUGGCCCUGGAGGACCACCAUGUCAUCUCUGUCACUGGCUGCCUCCUUGACUAUCCCUACAUUGAAGCCCUCAGCAGUGCCCUGCAGAUCUUCCUGGCACUGUUCGGCUUCGUGUUCGCCUGCUACGUGAGCAAAGUGUUCCUGGAGGAGGAGGACAGCUUUGACUUCAUCGGCGGCUUCGACUCCUACGGAUACCAGGCGCCCCAGAAGACGUCGCAUUUGCAACUGCAGCCUCUGUACACGUGGGUCGUGGCACCGAGCGGUCAGGGUAGCCGCUGCCUGGCGCCGCGCCCUGGGCACCCUCGGACUGCCCGCGGCACCCCCCGAGCUCGGGCCCCGGCGGACGGCGCCCCCUGGCGGCCCGCGGACCCACUGCAGCCUGUGCCGGCCCCCUGGGUCUACAGCCGAGAAGUGGACUUGGACUUGGCCCUUCGCAGAGAAACAGCAGACAGCCGACUCAGCGCAUCUCACCGCACUCACUCACCAGCCCUGGGGACAGCCACUGUGAACUAG